AUGCCAGCGAUUGAGCAGACGGUUCGAUCCUUGCUCCUGACCGAGCUGGCGGUCGGGCUUGGCGUAACCUUCAAGCAGAUUUUCAAGCGCAAGGCGACGCUCAACUACCCGUACGAGAAGGGCAUGCUGAGUCCGCGCUUCCGCGGCGAGCAUGCGCUGCGCCGCUACCCCAACGGCGAGGAGCGCUGCAUCGCUUGUAAGCUGUGCGAGGCGAUCUGUCCUGCGCAGGCAAUCACCAUCGAGGCCGAGCCGCGGGAGGACGGCAGCCGGCGCACGACCCGCUACGACAUCGACAUGGUGAAGUGCAUCUACUGCGGUUUCUGCGAGGAGGCCUGCCCCGUCGAUGCCAUCGUCGAGGGACCCAAUUUCGAGUUCGCCGCCGAGACCCGCGAGGAGCUGCUCUACAACAAGGAGAAGCUGCUCGAUAACGGCGACCGCUGGGAGCGGGAGAUCGCCGCCAACCUGAGCGCGGAGGCACCCUACCGCUGA